GGCUCUUCAGUGAUAAGCGAACAGAAAACAAAACAAAAAAAAAGGUGUUCCUUUCAACUUCGACAAAAGCAUUUGAAAGAAAAUCAAGUACAGUUUAAAAAAAAAAUGAAGUGGAUCAUCGCCAUCGUCCUGUUCGCAGCAUUCGUUGGGGCUCAACGUCCAGAGCGUGAUAUCGGCCUUCAUCUGAGCGGCGGCCAUCAUCACGGCGAACAUCACGAUCACGGAGCGAAAGGAGCCAAAGUUGAAGCUUCGGCUUCGGCCGCUGUUGAAACGAAGACGGGCUACGGACGGGACAUCCCUCAGCCUCCGUUGUCCAUCGACUUAUCUUCGCCGGUGGUGAAAGAGGAGCCGGCCAAAGAUGUGCCCAGUUUGAAUCAAGAAUACCUGCCGCCAGUGGCCGAACCCGUUAAACCCGCUGACAAAGGCUACCCGAGAGAGAACCCGGCCAACCCGUUGAAGUUGGAUCCUCAGGCAGCCACCAAAGUGGAGGUGCGCGUGGACAGUUCCACCGCCGCGCCCAUGAUGAUGGGCGGAGAGAUCCCGGGCAAUGCCGGAACUGAUUAUCCUAUUUUCGAUACCAUCCCCGAGACGAAAUUCAACUGCAACGAUCAACCCACCGGUGGUUAUUACGCUGACGUCGAUGAAGGACGUUGUCAGGUAUUCCACGUCUGCCACGAUGGCCGCAAGUUCUCUUUCCUCUGCCCCAACGGCACCAUUUUCGAUCAGAGGGUCUUCGUUUGCAACUGGUACUUCAAUGUCGAUUGCGCUGCGUCCAAGGAUUUCUACAACCUGAACGCGCAGAUCGGCGUCGUACCGGAGAAGGCACCCGAACCGUUGGCCGUCGCUCCGUCGCUAAUUGACAAGCAGCAAGUGGCCAGUCCGAGCCAAGAGUACCUGCCACCGGCCACCAAGCAACCGGCCAAAAUUGAAGAGCCCAGUUCAUCGUAUUUGCCACCGAACGUAGCGCCCAACGCUGCCGAAGCUCUUUCCAACGGGAUCAUCAAGGCCGAACCCCCAACUCAGAGCUAUUUGCCUCCGAAUUAAACAGAACUUCAUUUUCGAAUGUUGACAUCCCACACGAAUAGUUUCGCCCUUUUUUUUUUUUUCUAUUUUACUCUUUUAAAAAAAAAUCUAACAAAUUUUCUUGACUGAAGGUAUCGGGUUUGUUUUUUUUGUCUUAUGUAUCGAGCCCGUGUAUAUUUUGAUAUCGUCCAUGGCAUAUUCCAGGAGACCACGCAAAAAAGUGCGUCCCUUUUCGAGCUUCAUUGUGAAAUUAUUUGCAUUUAACCAUUUUUUGAAUUCAUUUUUUUUCUUGUGUGCCUUAUGUAUUUGGAGCUGGAGACGGUACAACAUCCGCGAUGAAA